UCUUCUUCAUCAGUUCUUCUUCCCAACGGUUACUGUUUACAGGGUCUCUCUCCAUGGAAGGAGACAUUGAAGAAUACUCAGACAGCACUACACUUGCUCAAUAUUAUAGGGAAGAGCGACGAAAACUAUAUUUGAAGAAGAAGAACAAGAAGAAGAAGAAGAAGAAGGACGAGGAAUCUAGACAGAGGAUAGAGAAGACCAAUGUGUUAGGAGUGGUUGUAUAUGACGUGGAAAAGGGGGAGGAUCACUUGCCGGUUCCUCCUUUUGAAGAACCCAGUUCCUACAAUCAUGGGUCCGAUGAAAUCGAGGUUUCAUUGUUUGAUUAUUCAAUUGAAAAUCACUUUAAAUCAAUGGAAACAAUUUCUCAUCUUUGUGGAGACAAGACAGAGUUGGAUGAUUCAAAUGGAAUUGAGUUAGAACGCUUAUCGUCAUCAAUCAUGUUUUUAAGCGAGUGGAAACAAUUCACUUACCAUACGAAAACUAUUCAGUUUGCUUGCCUGAGCGCAAAUAUUCCCCAAGGAAAAGACAGUGUUGGUAGCGUAGAGCUACCACAAUUUUCGGCUUCUGUUGUUCCUAAGGGUAAACAAAAGGAGAGUUCCAUUUCUUCAAAUUCCAGCAAAGACUUUGUGAUGUACGUUGGUGGCCUUGUCUGGGCAAUGGAUUGGUGUCCUAGACUUCCUCUAGAUUCUGGAAAGAAAGUAACUUGCGAGUUUAUCUCUAUUGCUGCUCAUCCUCCUGAUGCCUCAUAUCACAAGAUUGGUGCACGAUUAAGCGGCAGAGGUCUUAUUCAGAUUUGGUGUGUGGUACAUGAAACUUUUGAAAAAAAAAAGUCACUUCCGAAGAAAACAAUUUCAUAUAAUUCUAAUAAGCCAAGAGGGAGGCCUAGAAAAAGUAUCAGCACGGACACGCCUCCUCAAUCAACUAAGCUGAUUGAGAGGCCUAUAGAAAUUACCGGCUCGGACAAUCCACUUCAACUGAGUUUAACUAUCAGCACGGACACUCCUCAAUCAACUAAGCUGAUUGGGAGGUCUAAAAAAAUUACCAGCACAGACAAGCCACUUCUAUUGAAGGGGCCGAUUGGGAGGCCUAGAAAAAUUACCAGCCCGGACAAUCCACUUCAACUGAAGAGGUCAAGAGGACGACCUAGAAAGAUUCCAUUGAAGGAACCUAUCAAUAAUGAUUGUGUCCAAGACCCUUCUAAAUUGAGUUUGCUUCCAGAUGAUGGUGUUUCUGGCGAAUUUGAAUGUCUCAAUUCAUCAAUAUCUUCAGACACUGUAUGUUCAGCUUCCACCAGAAAAAGGAAGAAGUUAUAUACGAUAGUAGAAUCUGAUUAUGACAGUGACGAUGACCCACCACUGAUGCAAAAUGAGAAUCAGCAGCCCAAAUUGAUAGAUGUUAAGCCACACACAAACGAACAAGGGCAUGUAUGUUCAGGUGAAAGCAUCGGUAAUGGUCCCUUGCAGAGUCAAUCUAAUAGUGGUAUUACAAAGGACAUUGCUUUACCUCGAGUUGUUUUGUGCUUGGCUCAUAAUGGAAAGGUCGCUUGGGAUGUUAAAUGGCGGCCAGUUGUUGAGGAUAAUGUGAAACAUAGACUUGGCUAUCUUGCUGUUUUGCUUGGAAAUGGAGCUCUCGAAGUGUGGGACGUUCCUCAUCCUUUUACAAUGAAGUCCAUCUACUCAUCUUGUCAGAAGAAAGGUACCGAUCCGAGGUUUUUGAAAUUGGAUCCUGUAUUUAGAUGCUCAAUCAUAAAGACUGGUGAUAGACAAAGCAUCCCUUUGACAGUAGAAUGGUCAUCAUUCUUCCCUCACGAUCUGAUUAUUGCUGGAUGUCAUGAUGGAGUGGUGGCAUUGUGGAAAUUUUCUGCUGAUAAAUCGUCUAAAGACACAAGACCAUUGCUUUGCUUCAGUGCUGAUACUUUUCCAAUAAGAACACUUGCUUGGGCCCCCAGUGAAAGUGGCAGUGAGAAUGCAAAUAUUAUAGUAACUGCGGGUCAUAAAGGAAUUAAGUUCUGGGAUUUAAGAGAUCCAUUCCGACCUUUGUGGGACUUCCAACCUGCCCAAAGAAAUAUCUACAGUUUGGAUUGGCUAUCAGAUCCGAGGUGUGUGAUUGUUGCUUUUGAUGAUGGAACAUUGAGGAUCCUCAGCUUGUUGAAAGCAGCAUCUGAUGCCCCAGUUACUGGAGAGCCUUUCAAAGGAACACCACAACAAGGAAUCAGCAGUUAUUAUUGUUUGCCAUUUCCUAUUUGGAAUGUUCAAUGUUCACGUUCAUCAGGUAUGGUUGCAUACUGUGGUGCAGAUGGCAAUGUCCUCCAUUUCCAGCUUACAGAUAGAGCUGUGAAUAAAGACCCUCACAGAAACAGAGCUCCACAUUUUCUCUGUGGAUCUAUAACAGAGGAGGAAAAUCAGAUUCUGACAGUGUUAACGCCAAUGGACGAUACUCCAUUCCCUAUGAAGAAAUCAUCGGAAAAGUGGAGUAUUUUCCCUGUUUCCAUCAAGGGCUUCAAUAAAGAGACAAAUAAAGUCAGUAGGGAAAAAGCCUCCGAAACAUUUAAAAACAACAUUCUAGCUAUCUGCAACAAAAGUAAUUCUGCUGAUAAAUUGGGAGGCGAGGAUGGGCCAAAUUCAGAGAGAAGAUCCAAAUAUAAGCCAUGGGGCGGUAAGGGGAAGAAGAAUGGGGAGCAAACACUAGACACGGAGAAAGAAGACGAUGAUGAUGGAGGAUAUAGUAAUCCAAAGAAAGCGGCUGAUGAUGAUCAUGAUAAAGGAGGCGAUAGAGAAGAAUUUCCAUCAAAAUCUGUUGCAAUUCAUAAGGUGAGAUGGAAUAUGAACAAGGGAAGUGAAAGAUGGUUGUGCUAUGGAGGAGCUGCUGGUAUUGUUAGGUUACAAGAAGUAGUAGAUUUAUAAUUUUCUUAUUGACAUUAUUAUUAUUAUUAUUAUUUUAUUCUUUCGAAAG